GACGUGAGCACGAAAUAGAAUGCGAAAUUUUAAAAUAAUCGCAUCAGACUCGGUGUGUACACUUUAAGUGCGAACAUUUUUCGCACAAAUUUUUCGCAUUUUCGCACCGUCAUUUAGUAUCGUAAGCCUUUCUGGUGUGUACGGGCCUUAAAGCUGUUGUAAGGCGUAUAAAUCAAACUAGCAUCAAAGUGAGUUCUGGCAUUCAAUAGUACAAUGUUGACAAUGUUUAAUCUGUAAGCGGUUUAUCUCGGUGUGACAGAGCGACCGGCUCGUGUUUCCAUAUUCAUCAUGGCGAGUGUUCCAGCGCCCGCAUCGGCCACGAGCGCUCCAUCUCUCAAGGGUACAGGUGCAGAAGCAUCAAGUAAUGGCCUGUCAGACAGCAUUCCCAGCUUCAAGGCGUGUGACCUGGACAUCGAUCUGGUCCAGACCCAUAAACCCAAACCGGACCUGGCGGGCCUGGCGUUUGGGACCGCUUUCACGGACCACAUGCUAACGGUGGAGUGGAGCUAUCAGGGCGGCUGGCAGAGACCUCGGAUUCAGCCCUUUGGGAACCUGUCCAUCCACCCGGCCUGUUCCGCUCUGCACUAUGCCAUACAGUUGUUUGAGGGAAUGAAAGCGUACAGGGGGCCGGACAACAGAGUGCGUCUCUUCAGACCAGAGCUCAACAUGAAUCGCAUGUUGAAGUCUGCACUUAGAGCCUGUCUGCCGAGCUUUGACAGGGCUGAGCUGCUGGAGUGCAUCAGGAAGUUGGUGGAAGUGGAUCAGGAGUGGGUUCCACACUCAGACGCUGCCAGCCUCUACAUACGCCCCACCUUCCUAGGCACAGAGCCUUCUCUGGGAGUGAAGAAGCCGUCCCAAGCUCUCCUCUAUGUGAUCCUCAGUCCGGUGGGCUCGUACUUCACCACGGGGGCCAAGCCUGUGUCCCUGUGGGCAGACUCCAAAUACAUACGCUCCUGGAAAGGAGGCACGGGGGACUGCAAGAUGGGAGGGAACUAUGGCGCCUCCAUCUUUGCUCAGUAUGAAGCAGUGGAUUAUGGGUGCCAGCAGGUCCUCUGGCUGUAUGGGGAUGACCAUCAGAUCACUGAAGUGGGAACCAUGAACCUCUUCCUCUACUGGACAAAUGAGAAAGGAGAGGAGGAGCUGGCAACACCCCCACUGGAUGGCAUCAUCUUGCCGGGCAUCACUCGACAGAGCAUCCUAGAGCUGGCAGUAAAAUGGAAAGAGUUCAAGGUAUGCGAGCGCUACCUGACCAUGUCGGACCUGCGGUGUGGACUGAAGGAGAACCGGGUCAAGGAAAUGUUCGGUUCUGGUACCGCUUGUGUGGUCAGUCCAGUUGGACGUGUUCUGUACCAGGGAGAGAACUUGCAGAUUCCGUAUCAACAGGAGAAUUCCCUGGCCUCCAGGCUUCUAAAGGAGCUGACAGACAUACAGUAUGGCCGCACACCGAGUGAAUGGAGCUUCCUGGUGUAACCUGAGGUUUCUGAACAUGGGAAAGGUGGACCUCGCAGCUAUGGGACGAGGGCGAAGUCACAGUGGCGGACAAACAGACAAGUGAAUCUGCGAGGAUCCGCACAUGCACAAACACACACACACACACACACACACACACACACAUGCACACACACACACACACACACACACACACACACACACACACACACACACACACAAAUGCGCACACACACACAGACACAAACUCAUACUUACCAAAAUGUACUCUUUCUCUCUCUGUUCAUGCAAUGUUGUGUUAAAGUACCAUUGGGACUAUGUAUGCUCUCAUAACACUGGGGUUGUGCAUCCCUUCCUCUGAAAGAGUAUACUGUCUUUCACUUUGAUCUUUUGGGAACUACCAAAAUCUUAUCCACUAUGGAGUGCAUUGGUGUUGUGAAAUCUGUUAGCAAUUAUCUCUGUAGAGGAAUACUCUCUUUCUUGGUCACCCGUGUACACUUAGACAACAUACAAAUUCCGGUGGUCACAAUGCAUGCACAUUUACACUUAAAGGUGCUAUAAGCGAUGUAAUGUGGACAAACCAGACUAGAUGUGUGUUUGGGAAAGUUUCAAUU